GAGCAAUCUACAGCACAUGAACUACUAUAAACAGCAAACAACAAGCAAACAAUUACUAACUUUAUAACAAUAACUUUAGAAAUAUAAAAUCUUAUUGUUCAGAAUGGAUUAUUAUGGAACAGAACAACUCUUGGAUAUAUCUUCUUAUAGCUAUGGCGACAGCUGCCUCAUGAAAUAUGUAACAUCAAGCAACGAGCCUAGCAACCAGCAGCUUGGCAGCAACGACAGCAGUAAAAUGGACAAUACGAUAAAGGAAUCAAUCAAGGAUUGUAUUGAUUUGGACUUUCUGUAUCCACUGCCUGAUAUGAAAGUGUCUGACAUUGCUGCAGUGUUAUUGGAUGAGGAGAUUGGUAACAGGGAUACCACACCUCUCGUACAUACAACUCCAGUUCCAUCACCUGAGGCAAUUUCUCCUGCCACAUAUUCAGAUGACACUCAUCACUGUGAAUAUGUCAUGGAUAUCACACCAACUGUGGACUAUUAUAACCUCACACCAAGUUUGGAUACAGCUAUACAGGAUAUCACCCCCACCAUCCAGUCUAACAUGAAUGAAACUCUGUAUCAGCAAAUGGUAGAUGACAUCAACAGUACAUGUACUAGCGAUGUAAUCCACACGGAGCCACAUCAGUGUGACAACAUAUCCAACUCUCAGUGCUCUGCUGACAACACACUCCAGGAUGUCAACCCAACUAUCUUUUCCACUGUGAAUGACUCCAUCCUCAGAGACAUGGUGAAUGAUCUCAAAGGUGACUCUAUUAGCACCACAUCAAGCUUCAACUCACCACUCCCAGAGAAACCGAAACGUAAACAACGCAGCAAUAUCUCCAACAGGAAGACUACACUUCAUUGUGAUUUCUGCGGAAAGAGAUUCACGAAUAGUGCCAACCUCAAAAACCACAUCAGGGUCCACUCUGGUGAGCGACCAUACUCCUGCAACAUCUGCCAGAAGACAUUCGCCCAGAGUGCCACCCUCAAGACACACGCCAGGACACACACAGGGGAGAAGCCAUUCAGCUGCGAGUUCUGUCGUCGUGGCUUCAGUGACUACUCCACCUACUCCAAGCAUGUCAGGACCCACACUGGUGACAAGCCCUACAAGUGUGACACCUGCCCUGCUGCUUUCACCCAGUCUGGGAACCUGAACCGACAUCAGAAGAUUCACUUGAAGGGAAACACCAGGAAGUCCAAGUUCAUGUAAUAAUCAACAUACCAUAUAGAAUGGUCCCUCUCAAACCAUGGGCUUUCAAGAGAUGCUCAAACCCAGGACAUUUUAAACUGUCUUUACAAUGCCAAAUUAUUGCAGUUGCCAGAUGUUAGAAAUUAUGUAAAUUAUUUUUAUACAAUUUAUGCAUUUUAUUUCUGUCUGCUAUAUGUUACACAGUGUAUGUUUGAAAUAAAUUAUUAUAUAACUUAUAGAUCAUAUCUUUGUUCAUGUUUCUCCAUUUUUGCUAUUGAAAAUAAUGGAGUAGUGGUGAGGUGCAGAAUAACAAGAUCUAAUUUAUACUAAAAUGAAUCUUUUUUUCAAUAACGCAGAUGCGAGUAGGUAGUUACCAGUUUCGCCACCAGGUGGCUCGUUCGGGUCAGAUAACAUGGCGGGUAUAGUAGAAAGUUCCCUUUAACUUAAAUUACAUCUGUUUUAGUGGUUCAAUUUUUAUAUAACCCUUUUGUAUCUAAUAGUUAUGCAAAUUAAAAUAUGUCCAGUAAAAGAAAA